AUGUCUGUCUUUCCCAAUGGCUACAAUGCUUCGGUCUUGGUCAUCCCCGCCUACUUCAUCCUCUCGUUCUUGCCUCAUGCACUGGCCUUGUACGUUGCUACUCAGGGCAAGCUCCUCACCUGGGAUAACCGUAAUCCGCGCUCGAGCGACAUGAAGGCCCAGCUGAAGCAGCGCAUUCCUGCCAAGACAUAUGCAACGUACGAGCGUCUGGAGGCGUGCCAUGCCAACGGGAUGGAGAACCUUUCUCUUUUUCUCGGAGCGGUCGUCCUGGGCAACAUGGCUGGGCUGGAGGAGGCUGAGCUCACGCAGUUUGUCGCCGCUUUCCUGGCUGUUCGGGUUGCGUAUACUAUCGCCUACAUGACAACUUCUACUCAGAUGCCCACGCUCGCUCGCAGUGGACUCUGGAUUACGGGCGUGUGGAUGUGCUUCCGUACCAUAAUCCGGGCAGCGGCAGCCAUGGACACCAAGGCUUAG